GUCUCCAACUCCGCUUCAGGUGGCGCUUCGCUCGUGCUGUUCCCCAGUCGGGAGGCUGCGUUUAGAGUUGCCGAAAGAUUGGGCGUUGGGCAGUUUGGAACAGGUAUGAGUGAUUUCAGUGAAGAAUUGAUAAGGCCCAAGACAGAGGAUGACCAGGAGGAAUCAUGUUUAUUCUCUGGUACAGGAAUGUCUUUUCCUUGGCUCCAAAAGCAUAUAGGGACUGUGGCAACUGGAGGGAAAAAGGAGAAGGAUUUUGCUCAGACAACAAAUGCUUGUUUGAGCUUUAUCCAAGAAGCGCUGCUGAAGCACCAGUGGCAGCAAGCCGCCGAAUUCAUGCACAGUUACUUCCAGAUCUUGGAAGAUUCGGAUAGCCACAAGAGGCAGGCGGCCCCCGAGAUUAUUUGGAAGCUCGGAAGUGAAAUUCUGUUUUAUCAUCCCAAAAGCAACGUGGAGACUUUCAAUACCUUUGCUGACAGGAUGAAAAAUAUUGGUGUCCUGAAUUACUUAAAGAUCUCCUUGCAACAUGCAUUAUACCUUCUGCAUCAUGGAAUGCUUGAAGAUGCUAACAGAAAUCUCAGUCAUGCAGAGACGUGGAGAUAUGGUGAAAAAUCGUCUUCCCAGGAAGUGUUAAUCAACCUUAUACAGGCCUAUAAAGGGCUUUUGCAGUAUUAUACUUGGUCUAAAAAGAAAAUGGAAUUGUCUACGCUUGAUGAAGAUGAUUAUGCUUACAACACAGCAUCCCAGAAUAUGCUCAACCACAGCUGGAAGACAUCUGUAAACCUUUGUGCAUUGAUUCAAACUCCUGGAGUUUGGGACCCUUUUGUGAAGAGUUAUGUAGAGAUGUUGGAAUUCUAUGGGGAUCAAGAUGGAGCCCGAGAGGUACUCACCAAUUAUGCCUAUGAUGAAAAGUUCCCAUCGAAUCCAAAUGCUCAUAUCUACUUAUACAACUUUCUAAAGAGAGAGAAGGCACCGAGAGAGAAACUGAUAAGUGUGCUUAAGAUUUUGUAUCAGAUUGUACCAUCUCAUAAACUGAUGUUAGAAUUCCAUAGGUUACUGAGGAAAUCAGAAAAAGAAGACCACCAUAAACUGGGGUUGGAGGUAUUAUUUGGAGUCUUAGAUUUUGCUGGAUGCACUAAAAAUAUAACUGCUUGGAAAUAUUUGGCAAAAUAUCUGAGACAGACUUUAAUGGGGAAUCACCUUGCCUGGGUUCAAGAAGAGUGGAACUCCAGGAAAAACUGGUGGCCAGGCUUUCACUUCAGCUCCUUUUGGGCAAAAGGCGACUGGAAAGAGGAUAAAGCAUUGGCUUGUGAGAAAGCUUUGGUAGCUGGAAUAUUGUUAGGAAAAGGUUGCAGAUAUUUUCGAUUUAUCUCCAAACAAGAUGAUGAAGUCUUAAGGAAAAAAAUUAAGCAGAUAAAGAAGUCAGUGAAAAAACACAGUAUUGUAAAUCCAGGACUCUGAUAUUGAAUAUCAGUUAUUUCAGAUGAGUAGCUGCAGAAUACUAGCUCGGUGCGUAAUUAUUGAAUGUAUUAUUCAUUUGGUGUUUCUAGGAGGUAGUUUAUAUGGCUGCAGAAAAGUUAUUUUUAUAUUUUUUUAUAUUCUCUUUUAUUAUAAUUAUAGCUAAAUAAACAGCCUCACUGCCUUUGUUCUUUGUAAAUACAUAUUUUUCCUUUUUUGUACUGCGAAAUAUAGUAUUUAUUAUGGAAUAACCUCCACAUAAGAAAUACAUUUGUUUAAUCAGAGAA